AUGGCCACGUCAGAUCAGCCGUUGCGGAGGGAUCCGGACUAUAAUCUGCCCCACAGUUACUACAUGAAUCCACCGGUGAUGAAGCAGGGCCACCUGCAGAAGUUCGCAGUGGAGACGCUUUUCUACAUGUUCUUCAACAUGCCGAAAGAGCUCUACCAGGCCUCGUCAGCAGUGGAGUUGUAUAGCCGUGGCUGGAGAUACCACAAAGUGGAGAAGACCUGGUUUGCCUUACAGGAAGACCAGGCGAGAAACCUCCGGUGGGUCUACUUUGACCCCAACACCUGGGAGAAGAAGUAUGCCACCAAGCAUGUAGAGCAGAGUGGGUUUCUCACCGAGGACAGGAGGUGA